UUUGCAACGAACUUCAAAUCCGAAGCGUUGUACGACUUUGUACUAAGGCAAAGGUGCUUUAAAAGAAGUGUUGAUAAAGUGCCUCCUUUCGGAUAGCCCGUACUUACAAUGUUUUGCUCAGUCUAUACUCUAUAGUUUCCUAACUUAUGAGCUUUGCUCGUAACUGCCUCUUACACGCAAAUAGAAUCAACUAGUACAACUACCACGAAAAUAGCAUAUUUCUUUGCGCUCAAGUUGACAGAAAAUUAGCUUAUUUUUUAAUCUGUCAAUCAGGGUAGCAUCCCUGUAGCACUGAGGGAUAAAUAGGUACUGCUUUGCUAAUAACUGCUAAUAAUUUAAUAUUUCCAACGAGUGAUUUCGUCAAUAUUCUUACUAUAAACAUACGCACUUUUCACGUAAUGAGCUAAUAGAGAAAAAAAGAUGAAAAAGUGAAUGAGCACGGUAGAAAUGUAAAUGUUCCUUGUUUAAGUUCAUACUUGAGCCCACUAUAUCCAUAGUUAUCCUUACUAGACGUUGUUGUUUGACCAUUUUGUUGCUAUGUUAAAGUUUGUAUUCUCUGUUUGUAUUUGUAUUCUCUGUGUGUCUUCUUGCAAAUUGUUGAAGUAAAUGAAAAACGAAGCUUUUCAUUCUUCUUAAUUUAUCUUCAAAUCUGUGAAAUGUCUCAUAAAUCGUCGCUGGUAUUGCAAAACCCUACAAAACUUGAUGAAGAGUGUCGCAUGGCUUAUCUGGCUGUCGUCAACAGUACAACUGACAACAUAAAGUCAUCUAAAGAACUUGCCUUUGCUCUUCAAUAUGCUGGUCGUAAUCCAUCACAAAAGUCUAUAGAGCGUUAUUGGAAAGAUUCUGCAGAAUCCAUUUCCUAUUCCAAAUUUUGUGCAAUAAUGAAGCAAGAAAAACAGAAUACAAAGAACGAGUUGUUGUCUGCCUUCAAAAAGAUGGACAUAAAUGGAGAUGGUUUCAUCUCUCUUUCUGAAUUGAAGAAGACUCUCUCGACACGUGGAGAAAAAAUGGAUCCUUCUGAGGUUGAAGAUAUAUUUAAAGAAGCUGAUGGCAAUAAAGAUGAUCGCCUAGAUUAUGAAGAGUUUUGUGAUAUGCUAAUGUCGACUGUUCAACAAUGUAAAGAAAUCAGUCAAAACAAAAUCAAAGAUGAGUUUCGUGUGGACAAAUCAAGUUCGUCAUCGAGAAAAUUUUCAACUGAAAUUGGUAGUCAGAAAUCUCCUGUGUCGGCGAGAAAUGUUGUAAAAGAACCAAAAAUCUUAAGAACUGUUGAAAGACGUGCGGAUUUUACAUUAUUUAUUUUGAAAGAGUCAUCUGGAGAACUUGUUGCUUUUACUAAAGCAAUUGCUAAUGAAAAAAGUUGCGUUCUGACUGACAUUCCCCCCGGAGAAUACGACGUCGUUGUCUUUACAGCCGGAUGUCAAAUACGCACACGAAAACAUGAACUAACAAAGACAGUUGACUUGCUUAAGAAUGUUAAUGGUGAAAUCCAACUCACAAAGCGAUGUAGAGAUUCUUUGGCUGAGAUAUUUCAUACUUGUGAUCUUGAUGGCAAUGGCUACCUUAACCGCCAAGAGUUCGACAUUUUUCAAAUGCGUACGAGUGGAGAGUCUUGUGAUGACGAUGCUUGGCAAGUUAUGAUUGACAAUUUCCACACAAAGAAUGAUCGUGACAUUACGUUAAAGGGAUUUUUGGAUCUCAAUCUGAUGGAAGCUCGAGAUGCUGAAGGGGAUUCCAAUGACUUGUGGAUAACCUUCAAAAGCAUGGGUUACAACAGGGCUUUGGAACCAGACCAGGUUGCAUUUUUUGUCAUCGAAAUAUAUUCCAAGGAUUCCAACAUUGAAUUGGAAGUAUCAAAGAUUGAUGACAAAAUUGAUAUCCUGACAAAAGUUGUUAUACAGUCAAUCGUAAAAAACUCGACAACGCGCAAUGUAAAGCGCAUGCGUGAUCUUAUUCUACACCGUUAUGAAGACGAGCAACGCGUCAGUUUGGCCGUCGAAAACAAGUCUCGUCAAUCUGUUAUGGUAAGGUUAAACUGUGAUCAAAGUGAAAAUUGCUUGAGUCAUCGUUCCAACUUAAACUGUGUGAUAAAGGUGGAGGCGAAAUCCAUCGAGAUUGGGCAUCAUAUAACUGCUUUGGAUCCUUCACAAUCAUGGUCUGUGUCGUGUGAAGAUUCAGUGUUGGAUUGAGUAUUAUCAAGAAGUCCCGGAUCCUUCUCAUACUGGUGAGAAAGCAUUACGAAUUUAUAAAACAUAACAAACGUACGUAAUAUGAAGGCACAAGAUGUACGAUACGGUCUUCCGAACUCCAUGUUGGCCUCUGAAGCCAACUGCUAAAAAAUUUUUCAGUGUUUUUUUCAGCAAAAACUAUGCAUAGGUCACCUUGUUUAACCUGAGUCACAUUGUACAUUGUAUACCAAGGGUACCCGUGUUUACUCUGGGUACCCUUGUUUACCUUGCGAACCCUUAUAAAUCAGUAAUCGAUUCAGAAAACACGACACAUAUGUAAUGUUCAUAAAACUUGAUAAAAACCCCGGAUAGAGUCACUGAUUAGUUUUAUAUAAUUUCGUUCAACACUGGCGGUGCAAGCCUGCUUAUUUAGUCCUGUUAUGUUAAUUUUUCAGUGUUCAUUAUCACUGGAAAACAAAUGAAUUCUAAAGAAAUAAAUAAUGAUAAUCGUCUGACAUUUAAGCCUCGGUCACACUGUUCGACGAUAACGAUAACAAUAAACGAUAACGAUAAACUAUAAGAAAUUCAAUGGUCACAUACUAACGAUAAAUCGUUAUCAUUAUCGCUGCAAUGUGACCGCACAGAAGAGUUUGAAUAACGAGCGAUUUUUUUUUCGGAUCGUUAUCGAAUGCAGUGUGACCGAGGCAUAGCAGGAGUAAAACUUGCUGGCUGGCUACGCUAUUGCACACAAAACCUAAUCUAACGAUAAAUCUGAGGAAGAAGAAUCAUUGUCGGUUACGUCAUCAAUGAUGUCGUCGUCAUCUGAACUUUCUGGUCCAUCAUCAUCAUCUAUAAUUAUAUUUUCAUGUUCAACAUUAUCCUCCUCUGCCACUACGUCCCCAUUAACAUUGUCGGCGUCAUCGCGACAUGUGUUGUAUGAACCACAUUCACCACAUUUCAAUGCAACGAUAUGAAAUUUCGUAGUCGAAUGCUGUAAAAUAAAGUUGAUUUUAUUUACUUAUAAAUUAAAAAAAGUUAAUCUAGAAUGCAUGCAACAUUACAAUUGUAAAACAAGCGAACUCGUUACACGUAACAGGUCAACCUGAAAAUGAAUUUUUGUUGUGCCUUGGUGAAGGUUGAAACUCAAAAUAUACUAAAGUGCAUUGAACUGAACUUGUAACUGGAUGGCUACCUUUUGUAAACAUGUCUGUACUUUCAUUAAGUCAAAUUUUAUCUCCAUACACACAGAGGUAGCUAAAGUACUGCACUUUAACGUAAAGUACGGUCGUAGAGAACUUUUACUUGGUCGUGCGUGAAAGAAUUGGUACUAUUUGAAUAACUGAAUUCAAAUUUUGGCAAGAGGUAGCCUUCUAUUUUUUAUUCAAUUCAAUGAUCAAACACGUUUGUUAAUGGAUGCAAAAGAAAGCAAUGGGACGCGUCACGCAUAUAUGUGUUAAAAUGAGAUAUCCUUAGAAGUAAUGUCAUGAUAUAAUUCCUGACAUUAUACAGUUGACAUUAAAGGCAUAAAUAGUUGUGUCUAAUAAUUGGUUUCUUUAGUAAGUUCAAAAUAAAUAACAUGUAAAGACAACACAAGUAAAAUGCUUACUUUGUGACAAUCACGACAAAGUAUCUAAAAGCAAAAAGAAAAUAAAUUUUAUUUGAUGUGGUAAA